UACGUGUCUGUGUUCUCAGUCCUGAAGUUGGUGGGAAAUUAAUUAUAGUGCCACUUUGCGUAUUUGUGUAUCGAUCUAUUAAACUACCAGUUUGAUACAAGCUUUGUUGACUGCGCAUCUGUUACGGACAUCAAGAACAGCUGAUCUGUUCAUUAAAAUACCAAACAGUUUACCUCCCUGAAUUGAAACCAAGAGAACGAGACAAGUACCUUAAUAAAUCCUGUAUCCUCGUUCCAAUAGAAUAUCCUUUUGGAACUUUGAGAUAAAGAACUUGAAUUAAUUAUUCAUAAUCCUAAAGGUCAAGAGAUGGCGUGUAUUUCAUUUGAUGAAGGCAAUAUUUGCAGCUUUUUGUCCAGGAAAUGGGCUUUCGAUUUCAACUCCAAACCACGCAUUGCUGCUUCAAAUCAAGCCAGUGCUCCGGAAUUAAAGCAUCCUCCUGGUUAUGUUGAUCGUUCAUUCCCAGCUACCACAGUUCGUGACUCAGACCCACAUCUCAUGCGUCAAAGAAGUUGGAAUAUUGCACUAGGACCCUUCCGGCAGGUGCCGAUGAACUUAUUUAUUAUGUGGAUCUCUGGCAGUUCUAUAUCCAUAUUUCCUUUGAUGUCUGUCAUUAUGCUGUUUUUACGCCCGUUGCAAGCGCUCUUUUCCGCACAAAACACAUUCAACCUUAUUGAAGGGAGCCAAGCUACGAUACAAUGCUUGAUGUAUGUUCUUGGUAACCUUGUCAUAUUGGCUCUUGCUAUGUAUAAGUGUCACACUAUGGGUUUACUACCUACUUAUGCAUCAGAUUGGCUUUCAUUUAUAGAACCGCCUCAGGUAUGUGCACUUUUGGAAAAUGAAUAACAACAUAGUGGUUAUAGACUCCCAAUGUUAACCAAAAGCCAUUAAACAAGGGAAUUAUUAUGAAAAUUCUUGUCAUCUAUAGUUACAUGGAUAUUUUAUCCUUUUGUUUGUUGGAAAUGAAUUCUUUAACAAGAACUACGGGGUCAAGCGCCCUAGAAGUUGGCAAUAUUUCUCUAGUCAUAACUACACAUUAGUAGGUUCUGUUCUUUGUGGAUGAGAUGGUGGAAAACUGGAUAAGUAAAACUUACUGCUUACCACUACAUCAAGUGACACUGAUCCACGUGUACUAUCAAUGUAAAGCGGAAACAUGCGUAAAUGAAGUGGAUUUCUCGAUGAGAUAUUAAAUAGUUUUCUGUCCACGCUUUUGAAGGUGGAUCAGAACUACAAAAAGAUGGAGGCAGCCGAAUGGUCAGCAGGAGGUCAUGUUGUUUAAAAGCACAAUAAGGGACGGAGAAAGUUACCUAAAUGUGAUUAUUUGUAAUAAUCUGUGAUUAUUAAAAUAAAACAUUAUGUAUUCAAA